ACCAUUCGAUAAGGUUGAGCAACCGUGCUUGUUACAAUUAUUUGCUGGAAAUUCCGUCAGCACAGGGUGUCGGCGUUACGUACCUGUAGUGCGUGCCUGACGAUUAGUGCCUCGUUUUUUACUCUGUUAAGACAUGGAUUCAAGAAAGAUACGGGGAAUUUGUCACGCGCGAGUGAAUUGGGAUGAUGCUUCCCAAGGACAAUGGCACUAUGUCUCACUGGGAAAAUUAAGUGGGCCGGAGCCCAUAGAGGCAGGAAGCAGAGUGAGCAUGAAGUACGGCGGCGGAAGAUGGACUGGGACCGUUGCUGGAAAGCAACCCAGCCUGGAACCGCAUGAUCUUGUGGAAGAUGUGUCAGACGAUGACCUGCCAAUCGCAAGCCGAUGGCACAAAGAGCAUCCAGCUGGUUCCAGAAGAUGUGAGAUGGAGCAUGCAUAUCCUGCUCUGAUAGGGUCUGAUGACUUCGCUGUUGUGGAUGAGACUUCAGUGAUAGGUCAGGUAACUCCCGCUAAAACACAAGGAGGUGAAUUUGUUGUCCGUGGAGGAGAAAGGCCAGCAAAAUUCAUGGAAGGAUGCUCAUUUGGUGCUGGUUGCUCUGAAGCCGCAAGGCUGCUGUCGUCGCCACCCUACCCCAGUGAAGCCCAGGGUCUCAUCCCGACCCAAACGCAAGGGACGGCGAGUGGUGUGAGUGAACAAGCGCUAACUCCCAGUUCAACAAGCGUACGUUCGACGGACACCCAAGGUGCCGAGCCAGCAGUGCCAUAUAUCAUUGCUGCUCUACCAGCAAACACGUCCGCGAAGCGACCCCCUUCUUCACCACCUGACCAUCACAAACAGAAGCAUUCCCGUGCAACCCUUGCCGACGACUUGCGGGUUACUGAUGCGGACCAGCCUGAACACGUGGUGGGUUUGCACGAUUCCUCGGUAGCGUUUCUCGUCACGAGUACUCCAAACGGCACACCACAGCGCUGCUCACCUCCCGUUGUGUGUGAAUCGGACACUCUGUCGGGCCUACAACUCACAGAUAUGGCUGCAGCGGCUACCAGCGAGUCCCUGUCCGCUUUAGGAGACAUCAUUCGACUCUUGGAUUCCGACGGGCCGUUACCAGACGAGGUUUUGAGAGACGGAAGAGAAUCAGAUCAUGAUGACCAUACCGCUCUGUCAGCAGCAGACAAACAACCUGAGCAGCAUGCAGAGCACGAGCAAGCUCAGCCAGCACUUACGAGCGACAGAGAGUGUUGGUGACCCAAAACCAAACGGCUCUCACGAACAACAGACGCUGCUCGAAGGGAGUGGUAUCGUGCCCAGGUGGAGGUAAAGAACGCGGACAGACCGAAAUGCAAACCAACCGGGGAGCAGUCUCGCAGACAGCGAACUUCGGAAUGGUUUUUACCAGUCGAGGACGGGAACAGGAAAAAAGUGUGCAAGACUUUCUUCCUCGCCACUUUGGGGAUGAAACCCAAAUCUGACGCCCCUAUUCGGUUCGCUCUACUCGGGAGCCAGGAAGUGAGAGGAGCAGUUGCGCCAGCGGACAGAAGAGGUCGCCACACGCCUGCGCACAAGCUGGAUAAGCAGAAAAUCCAGGAGCAUGUGCUGUCCUACGAACCUGCAGCUCCACAUUAUAGGUAUCUCCAUGCCCCAAACCGGCGUUACCUUCCGCAGGACCUCACCAUAUCUAAAAUGCAUAAUCAGUACCUGGAGGACAACCCGUUGGCGACUUGCUCCCUCGAAAGCUACCGAUCAGUUGUAAAGGGAUCGAACAUCGGCUUCACCAGACUAAGCCAGGAAGAGUGCGAAAGCUGCUCGAAGCAUGAAAUCCACAAAAAGGAGCAUGGGUCCCAAGAUGAUCUGGAUGGCUGCGAGGCAUGUGCGGACCAAGUGCAUCAUCUGGAGCAAGUCCGUAUUGCAAGAGAAGAGUACCGGAGCGACGCAGAGCGCGACUGGGAAGAUGAUGAACUCGUCGUCAGCGCGGACAUGAUGCGAGUUUUUAUGCUCCCCGUGAUGCCCCACAAGGUGUG